CGGUGUAUCCACAGCUCUGCGAGGAGAGAGUACAGGAAUGCCUGGAAACACACGCGGAGACGCCGAUCCACCGCACAUGAGACGCAACACGUUUCAGCACUGGUGACAAACACAGUGAUAAUGCAAGACCGGACAGUAACAGGCAGACACGCGUGAGACAUGCUGAGCCGGUAAGAGUUGGGUGACUCAUCCACGGAUGAUAAAUUAAGUUUGGCUUUGGAAAUAUCCAAAGGAUAAAUGGAUGUGAAACUGCAGUUAGCUCUGUGCUUGCUUGGAGUGACCAGUUUGCUCGGUGCUGUACAAUGUGACAGAGACAAAGAUGGUGAAAAUGAGAUCAUGGUGGAUGGGACUUCGUACUAUAAUAUCAUCAGUGAUGUAGACACACCCAAUAUCAGCAGGUCUUCACUUGCAGGUAAAAAUAAUAUUCUUCCCGAGAAUCGAUUUAAGAGCUUCAACUACGGUUACAAUUAUGGAACAAAUGAUAAUGGAAACUCCAAAAAUACAUCUGAAGUAAUAAAUGAACCCAUCUCCAAUACCGUGAAGUCUUAUCUCUCUAGUCGGUGGUUGACCACGUUUAUACCAUUGGUGUACACCCUGGUGUUCGCGGUGGCCCUGCCCCUCAAUGUAGUGGCGAUCAUCAUAUUCCUGCUCAAGACCAAAGUCCGGAAGCCGGGCGUGAUCUACCUGCUGAACCUGGCGGCGGCUGAUGUGCUCUUUGUUAUUCUGUUGCCUUUCCACAUUGCCUAUCGGUUCUCGGGGAACAACUGGCUCAUCGGAGACGGACUGUGCCGCUUGUACACCGCAGCGUCGUACUGCAACAUGUACUGCUCCAUCCUGCUCAUGACAAGUAUCGGUGUGGACAGGUUCCUGGCUGUGGUUUACCCAAUGCGGUCUCUUUCCUGGCGCACAACAGGCCGAGCCUGGCUGGCCUGCUGCUUCAUCUGGAUAGUAUCCAUAGCCGGAACUGUGCCACUCAUUACUGGUAGACAGACGCAACGCAUUGCCCCACUGAACGUCACAACCUGCUACGAUGUCCUUUCCUACGAGGAUCACCUCCAUUACUACAUUUACUAUUUCACCACUUUUAUCUUUGCUUUCUUCUUCUUCCCUUUGAUCGUCACUGUCGUCUGCUACGCGGGAACCAUCCGGACACUGAGCGCCUCCACACCGGAGAGCAGGAGUAAGAGGUCCCGCGCCUUGGUUCUGACUGUCGCUGUGCUAUUCGUCUUUGUAUUUUGUUUCGGGCCAACCAAUAUCAUCUUUAUAAUUCAUUACCUCAACAUCCAUCAGCAAAGCAGCGAGUCCCUGUUUUUUGCCUACAUCAUGUGCGCCUGUAUAAGCAGCGUCAGCUGCUGCCUUGACCCUGUCAUCUAUUACUAUGCGUCCAAGGCGUGGCAGAGGCACAUGUACAGCUUGCUACAUUGUAACAAGAAUGGGGGAUCACAAGUGAAGUAUUAGUGUACUCAAACAAGUGGCUACUUAAAGCGCUCAUGGGGCCUACCACCGUUGGGUCCUAAGAAAGCCUGGGUAGUUUGUAUUUGCCCCGACCCCUACUAGUGGUGCUGCUGUGUAGAGACUGUACAUAAUAGACAGCUGGCAGCCAUUGUUGUCACACAAAGCGCCCUGCUUCCUGUACAACGCUCUUUUGUUGGCUCAUUAUUAUAAUAGCACCUGAGUGACGCACUACUACGGAAGAACAGCACCUUCAUUUUCUUAGUUGCACUGCAGAAUCCCAAAAAGCCGCUCGCAAUGCACCAAAGACGCUGGGCUGCGACUGUAACCGCACAGGGAUUAGCUUUACACGGAGCAUGAGUAAAAUCCGGCAUAGGUUACCGUUCCCAAUUGUAGUCCACGUGGACUGUUAAGUAUGAAAAGGUUCAAAAAAAGUUAAAAAUAUCGUGAAAAACUCAUGUCGACCUUUUGACCGGUCGACCUAGAGACCCUGUCGACAUAGAAACCCUGUCGACCUGGUUACUGUCGACCAGCAGUGGUCGACCUAGAUAGUGUCGACCUAGAUAGUGUCGACCUAGAGACCGGAUCCCGCUAAAUGUUAGCAUUUCGCACACAGAAUCAGUCGCACACAGAUAUACAAAUGUUGCACAUCAGAUUGAUCAGGGCAUCUAGCAAUGUAGCUUUGUUUCUUCCAGUUGUUUUAUUUAUGAGGAUAAGACACAUUUUGAGUGAGGAACCAGCCACUUGGGUCGCUGAUUGGCCGGGACCUGGCGCUCAGAGGAGAUGACACGACUGGAGCCCCGGUGUAUGAGGUCACGUCUGUACAUGUAUUUGUCUCUGGGGAUUAGGCUGAAAUGCCGUCACUCUUUCUAUUAAAAUUUCCAUUCAUAAGUUAUAUACAUUAUGAGUAAAGAAUUAUACAUCAAAUGGUUCAUAUGCGUUGGGUGAUACAAGUGAAUUAACCUCAGUGUUUUUAUAUAUAAUAUUACUCUUAAACAAUAUUUCCUGCUGUUUAUAUGGUGUAACCUGUGAGUUAUAUUCUCCGCUGCAACGUCAUUAAUGGUUAUUCUAAGCUGGACACUAUCAUUUUCUGAACCACGGAAUCUUAGCAUUAUGCCACUGAGGAAAGGACACCUACAAAGCUAUAUGGAGAGGAAAUGGUAUCUGUUGCAGUACCGGGACGCUUACAGUACGUUAUCGAUUAAGCCUGAGCCACGCCUGAUAGUGCGCAGGUCUACCAUUAUUAUUCUACUACAACAUCUAUACAUCGCGGGACCCUGAUAUUUAUGGCCAUCACCCAAAGUAUUCCCACAGUCAUCCUUAAUGUCCGCUAAGGAACUAUAUGCUGAUUUAUUUGGGAUCUAUCUGUUCCCUAUUUAUCUGCAAAGUUACAUUGUCCAGGGUUGAUGUGACGACACUUCUUAUGUGAUCUGUAUAAUGCUAUAGCUGAUCUGCUUAUUGUGUUACUAUAUUGUAUAUACAUGAUUAUUAAAUGGGAUUUACAUUAUUAA